AUGACUGAUCCCACAAGUGGGGGCGUGGCUCCUAUCCCCAUCACGGUCGAGUUUACCGGCGGAUUAGAGAUUUUGUUUUCCAAUGAGCGCAAGCAUAAAAUUACAGUACCGGGCCGCCUGGAUGAUGGAAGUCAGCCAAAUAUCUCAUAUCUACUCCGGUACCUGGUCGACAACCUGAUGAAAGACCAGAGGAAGGAACUAUUCAUCAUGGAGGACAAUGUCCGGCCAGGAAUCCUUGUUCUAAUCAACGACGCCGACUGGGAACUAGAAGGCGAAGAAGCGUACGAAUUACAACCAGGAGAUAAUAUUGUGUUUGUAUCGACGUUGCAUGGAGGCUAG